AUGUUUCCUUUACCAAAAAUGAAGUUACAACCCCUGUCGCUGCUGCCGGUCGCACUGUAUACAGCGUUCUGUACAGUGUUAAUAUUUAGAAGAAAACGUGCUAAUACAGAAUACACUCGUUGGCAUGCGAAUCCAGAAACAAAGCCUGAAUUUAUAGUAAAAGUUUUAGAAGAUGACGUAAUCCCAACAUCGGAGUCAAAAUAUAUAGCUGCUGUUAAUAUUCAACCUAUAACACAGGGACAAGAUAAAAUUAUUAUUAGAGGAGUUCAGGUUACAAAUAAAGAUUCUGUUUAUGAGAACAUGUUAAAAGAAUAUACACGUUUUGUGCCUCCCACAACUCGUAUUUCAGUUGAACCAAUUACGGAGAAAAUAUUACAUGACCAUUUAUUAAAACCAAAGCUAAUAGAUAAAAUAGCAUUAAUGCGAACUACGUUAGAGGAAGAUGUGAAAUCCGACGAGAAACUUUCAAGAAAGUUCAAUAUAGAUGACAAUAUAACCGUAGAUAAAGAGUUAGAUGCAACUGUCAAUGAUGUUCUCUACGAUAACGAUGAUGAUAUUUACCAGAAGACUACUCUAAAACGUAAACGAGUUUUUGGAGAUGAUACUUCAGAUAACCAUUUUAAUUCGACAGAAGAUGCUACUGACUUCGAAGAAUCAGAAAAAGAUAAUAAAAGCCAGCAAUCUGGCGUUAGUGAUGAAUAUGAGGAUUAUGGUGACAGUUAUAGACUUAGUUAUACAAAUGAAACCAAUAAUGCAAGUGAGACAAAGAAAGAGUUUUCCAAAACAAAUGUGAAUGAACAUCACAGAAAGAAUUUGGUUUGUAAUGUCUUGAGAUUAAGGCCAUUGUCCUUUAGCUCUCCAUUAACUUUACAUGAGAUAGUUGCCCAAAUGAAACAGUGGGCUGCAGAAAGCCCAGUUGCGAAGUGGUUGGAUAUAACUAAAGGCAAUUACACAGUAAUGGAAAAUCCAAUUUAUAUGAUGUUAGUUGAUGACUUGAGCAGCGGUCAAAUUGUUUCCGCUAAGAAAACUGUUAUGAUCGUGGCAGGCAUUCAAGGCAGAGAUCAUCACGCAGUGACCGCGGCGAUGUACGUGCUUUACCAACUAAUUGAACGCAGUGAUGCACACACAGAUUUGCUCAGUAAAUUCCGGUUCUGGGUCAUACCUGUGUUCAAUCCUGAUGGAUAUGAUUAUUCUAUGACCUUUCCACAUAGAAGACAAUGGUCCAAGAAUCUACGCCAGUCAUGGGACAUCUGCAAAGGGCGCGACUCUUGCGAGGCAUGUGAGGAGUUCGGCAUAAGAUGCACCAUCCAGCCGUGCUACGGAGUCAAUUUGGAUCGCAACUUCGAAUACCAAUGGAUACCUACGGAGGAGCUUCGCAUGGAGCACCCCUGCGGCACACUGUACGCGGGCCCGCGCCAGCUCAGCGAGGCGGAGACGGCGGCCCUCACGCGUUUCCUGCACGAGCAGAGGGUGCCGAUCUACGCGUUUGUUGCGUUUAAAGAGGGUGACGUGCUUGGCGUCAUGUACCCUUAUUCACACACGAAGAAAAAACGUGCCUUCGAUCAUGUAUAUAGGCAGCGCGCGUCUCAAGCCGCUUCAGCUGCGUACAGCAUCAGCGGACGACCGUACGUCGCUGGACAAACGUCAGAGUUUCUGCCACUGUAUGCUGGCGGUAUAGAAGAUUGGGUAGACGGACAUCUUGGCAUCGACAACACAUACACAGUCAUGCUGUUCCGUCCCACGGAUACACACAAUUCCAAACUUGUAACAGAGCGUGUUGUCCAUGAAGCAUACGCCGCGGUGGAUACUUUACUUCUACAAAGCGUGCAGGGGCCGCUGGGACCGCCCCUUGUAACAAUGACAAGAGCAAGCGAAUGGCGAUUGAAACCACCAUCGACAAUAGCAACAACGAGUAUCUUCGUAGUUUUAAUAAUACUUGGACACGGCUAA